UUCCAGUUCCAUGAGUACGACGUACUGAAGUCCUGAGCGCUUUUCAGAUGUUCGGAAAGGUCGUCGGGCGUGUGGCAGUUAGCAAGAAUACAAACUGUGAAAAGGACGCAUUUUGUGCGUGCGAAGCAGCAAGAAGAAUUGCCACAUGCCUGUGUAAGCUGCUGCAUAUCGUGUCUUGUUUUCUCUAGCGCAUGUGCACGUGAAAUUCUUUGCGGAGUUCAGUCACCCUGCGACGUGGGAAGCAAGAGGUGUGCAGAAAAAAGUGAAUAGUCGGAGCAGCAAUCUGUGUUCGGCAUGGUAAACUGAGCUGCUCUACUUUUCCUGCCGAGUUCAAUACACGUAUCGUCAUGUUGCGCGUGUGAGCGUGUCGCAGUAUAUCAGUGUGGAUUGGGUCUGAUCUCGUUGUACUAUCACCGUUCAAGAAAUACACCGUCGCAGAACUAAAAGCCACAAGCGACAUAAUUAUGGCCAUGACGGAUGAAGCUGUGAAAACGAAAGUUACGAACGAGCAAGGUACGAAUUACCAGCUACUAAAGGAUGACCUCGAUGAAGAGAUGGAAUGCUUUGAAACAGUUCGCAGCAGCAUCACCAUUGGCAAUCUUCUCUCCCUGACAAUCUCUGCACUCUGGUUUGCUGCUAUUAUACUGGGAGCACUACACAUGCAUCACUGCCCAGCACAGGACUGGUUACCCAUAUACAGCAUUGUGCUGGGUAGUCUGUUCCUUAUCAAGCAUAUCCAGCUUGCACUAAUGGCAAACGGUCUGACGGAGAACCCCAUCUCAUGGACACCGUGCUCCGUUCCACGUGUCUUGGUGUCUGUGUUUCAACUGGCCGUACUCGUUCUGGGUCCGAUACUCGUCUUCCCAAACUACGGCCGUAUCACAUUGCACCACACCGAUAAUGCAGCUGCUUACUGUCACGAAGGAUUCUAUAAGUUUAUGUUUGCACUGGUGUGUUUAUCAACGUUUCUCUUCUCUUGCUUCUCCGUCAUCGUACUCGUCUAUCUACUACUCGUUCUGUACAGAAUGUGCGCGCGCCUCUGCUGCAUCGCCUCCAUGAGCUUUUUCGGCGUUGCAGAGGAUGUUAUGAAUCUCGGGCUAAUGCCCUUGGCUGCAACUUUCUUCAUGUUCUAGACUGCCUCUCGCUCUGCAUGCAGUGUGCUGAAUGUGCAACACGGUUUUUUUAAAAUUACACUUCACACUGCCGAUUUGGCGCAGCAUCAUCGAUACAUAUGAUAAUACAGAAGACGACUUACUGCAAAUGUGUGCCGAAGAAUUGAAAGCGAACAGAAGCGGAACACUUGGGUGCUGUAUGUGCAUACUAUUGUACACCAAGUCAGUAUGCCAAGCUGCAACAUUAAUAAAUUCUUUUUAUUGUUACCCAGGUGGCCUGCGCAUAUGACUAGUUAUCCCUGUUCACUCAGCUGCUGGUCUAGUAGCUGCAAUGCCUGCUCAAGAUAGCAAUUCACAUGUCAUUUUCUUCAAACAGACCUUUUUAUCAUCA